CCGCGCCCCGGCGCCAUGAACGGGACGGUGAUUCCCGGCACGCCCAUCGCCGUGGAUUUCUGGAGCGUGCGGCGGGCGGGCGGCGCGCGGCUGUUCUUCCUGUCGCACAUGCACUCGGACCACACGGUAGGGCUGUCCAGCACCUGGAGCCGCCCGCUGUACUGCUCGCCGCUCACCGCCCGCCUGCUGCACCACCGCCUAAAGGUGCCCACACACUGGAUCCGCCCGCUGGAGGUGGGGCAGAGCCACGUGGUAGGCGAGGAGGUGACCGUGACGCUGCUCGAUGCCAACCACUGCCCCGGCUCCGUCAUGUUUCUCUUCGAGGGCUCCUUCGGCACCAUCCUUUACACAGGGGAUUUCCGCUACAGCCGCGCCAUGCAGCGCGAGCCAGUGCUGAGCGGCCGCCGCAUCGACCGCCUCUACCUGGACAACACCAACUGCCGGCCGCAGCGCGCGCUGCCCUCCAGGAGCCGGGCUGUGCACCAGGCCGCGCAGCUCAUCCGCCAGCACCCGCAGCACCGCGUCGUCAUCGGUGUGUACAGCCUGGGGAAGGAGGAGCUGCUGGUGGACCUGGCGCUGGAGUUCAGCACGUGGGUCGUGGUGAGCCCCUCACGCCUGGAGCAGAUGCGGCUGCUGGAGCUGCCUGAGGUGUUCACGACGGAGGAGGGGGCUGGCAGGAUCCAUGCGGUGGACGUCGCUGAGAUCCGCUGGGACACCCUUGUGAGCUGGAACGUGCGGCAUCCGACCAUUGCCAUCCUCCCCACGGGCAGGCCCGUGAAGGUCACCCACCCCAAGAUCCACCUCAUCCCGUACUCGGAUCAUUCAUCCUUUUCAGAGUUGUGUGAGUUUGUGAGGUGGUUGAAACCCUGCUCGGUCAUCCCGAUUGUGAAAGACAGCACGUGCCACGCUUCCUUUCAGAAAUACCUGAGUCCUGACCACCAGGCACCUCCUGGCCUUGGAAUUCCGAAGCCUCUGCAGGUGUCUGUACAGCAGCAGAGCAAAACAAAGAAGCAGAAACCUGUGUGUCUUGUGAAAAGAGCUGCCCAGCACUCUGUGCCCAAAGGAGUUGUUUAUGAGUCCCUAGAGGAACAUACUGAGCAAUCUGACGGGCUCAGGGCUCUUAUGGCUCCUCAGCAGAACUCCCAUGAGUCAGCUUUCUGCUCCCUUGAACAUAUUUGUUUUUAUGACUGUGAGGAGGAAGAGCCGAGUAGAGAACAGCCAGGGGGUGCAAUGGCAGCUGGCACUGCUGGGCAGUUGCUUCUUUCUGAUGAGGACUUUCCAAGUGAACUUCCAAAGGAAUAUUUACUCACUCCUUUAAAUGCCUUAAAGCAGAUUUCCUUUUACAAGGCAGUAGAAGAUUUAUUUAGUAGGUGGGAAGUGUCCUGAAAAUUGCUUGUCUGUCAGGGCAAAUACAGUUGAUAAUAAUGAUUCUGAAAGUCUUAAAACUGCAUCCUGUUCCUUGUGUUCAAGUUUCUCAUCACAAGAGAGAAGCUCAGCUAUGAGAAAUUGCUUUUGUUUCCUUUUAUUAGAGGAAAAAGAGAAUCUAAAACUAGUUAGUAGAUAUCAGAUUUUUCGUUUAUUUAUUUUUAUAUCUUUGUCUGCAUCUGUUGGGUCCCCAUUCUGUAUUCAAGCAAUGUAGUCCCUCUGCAUCUGAACCUUUAAUCUCUAUUGCAGAGAUAUAUGUGUCUGUUGUGGCCAAAGCAACUGCUGGGUUGGUUCAGGUUGAGCAGCAGAGGGCAUGAGCUGCCUGCAGCCUAACUAAUGGGCCUGCAUGUGAUGAAAGAAGCAACGCAGGGGAAUCGGAGUCCUGCAGGUCUUAUUCCACACAUCUGUGCUGCCUCAUUAACAAGUGUUUAUAAGGACUUCACUGUAAGAUGUAUUACAAAUAUUUAUUAGGCUAUGUUACAAACUGGUGCUUAAAGAAAUGUAGAAGAUGAAGUGCCUUUCUUAUUGCUGAAAUACCUCCAGGCAGCGCUGCUUUUGAAUCCUGCCAAGUGCAGCUGGAUAAGGUUCUUCUCACCCAAAAGCACUACUUUCAUAUUAAUUGUAAAUGCCUUUUUCAGGUCAGUGUCUGGAAAAGAUAGGAUUUGUGUGAGGUCUUGACUCCCUGGAAUGGAUUGCAGUAUCCUCUUCAGUCUGCAUGCUGACAGCUCUUGAUGGCCAAGUGCUUCAGGUAGCUAUCAGUGUUCUGCUGGAUUCAGUGCUUGUUCUUAUCAGUCAGUGGUAAAUUGGAUGGAGGACAAUGAAACAUCUGCUUGCUGGUGUAAAGUGCCAGCCAAGUCGUGGCUGCAUUAUUUGGAAAGAAUGCUGUGGCUAAAUGGCAAAAAGCGUGCUCCAUUAGCUUAGAGGUCAGGUGUUUCCUGCUCCAGGUGAACUGUAUGGAGUCAGGAGUGUCAGUAACAUGGCAGUGCUGUGAGUAUUUUCUGUGAAGUCUGAAAAUUCUGGUUAUCCUUGCAAAACUGCGUUAGCAACAUUUUACAGACUAUUUCCCUGUGUGGUGAUGGUGACAGCGAAGUAGAAAUGGCCUCUAAGUACUUUUCUGGGAGCAACAGGCCAACUUAUUGUUCAGCUUUUUCUAACCUUGUUAUUUUAAACACAAAAUGUUUCAAAUGAUUUAAUCAGGAUCGGAGUCUUCUGAAUGUAGAGACGUGUAAAGUUCUCCAAGACCAGUCAGCUGGAUAGAUGGAAUUCCCCAAAUCAAGUCAGACAAAGACAUGUUUACUCUUCAAGUGAAGUUUGAGCUUGUGAAAAGCAAAGCUACCUGUAGAUGCAGCACCUGUAGCUGUUUAAAAACAAGGCUGUCUUGAGCAGUAGUCAUACUGACAGCUGCAGUGGGUGUGCUUGGGAUGCUGCUCUGCAAACACAAGUCCUCACUCACAGCAGGACCUGGGGAAGCACAGGCUUGGAACGUGGCCACAUAAGCAGCACCUCUCAUGGGGCUGCCUAUAGACUCUGCCUGCCAGCUGCUAAUGGGACACUGGAAAUAAUGGAGUAACUUUCUGCAUUUUACUUUAGAAGUGCACUUGUAAAGCAGUGGCGAGGGCAGCUCAAGCAUCUGGCUGUGGUCUGUAAGCCCUGUUUUCCUUGUGAAAAUUAAACUACAGAGCUUUGUCAGGUCAGCAUGAAUGGAAGCACCUGCUUCUUUUAUAACAUCUGAGGCUGCCAGGGAAGUAAUGGCCCUGUGUUUGCAGUAGUUUGUUACUGGGUGCCUUGGAGAUGCAGGCUGUACUUCGGUGCUGUUGAAAUGUAAGUGACUCACUUGACAGGCAGGUGAGUGAAACACUGCCUGCACUCCCAGAUUCCACUGCUCUGCUUUCAGCUUGCAGCAUCUCCACUGCUCUGAACUGAUGCUUGCAUUCUGAGUCCAUUCUGCUCCAUUUAGUGUCUCACAGUCUGUCUCACACAUUUUGCUGCUCAUGGGAUAUGUAAGUUUUUUUUCUCUGUUAUCAGUCCUAAGUGGAGUAGAAAAUCUCCAGGUGAAGCUGAGCGAAAUGGAGUUGUCAUGUUAGUUCUUUGGAGGAGCAACUGUUCUUCAGAAAGGAGAGAAAACAGCAAAGGCUUCAGAGGCUGGGGUUCUGCUCACCAUGUCUGAGCAUUCCAGUAGUUUAAAUUGGCUUCUGUUACUGGAGCCUUAGUGCAUCUAAGAGCUGGAGUGUCUCAUGCACACCAGGCUCUGAACGUGCUGCUGCUAGCUCAGCUGCACAGAGCUGUGUCAACACUGCUACCACAGGUGUUCUGCUUGCAACAUGACAGUGAGAAGCUGUAGCCAAGUCUUAGCUUGGCUAUGGAGUGUCCAGGGCUGUGUCUCACAGUCAUCCCUGCAGGAAAGUGGUGUUCAGACCAAAGCCCUCCCAAAUCCAUACUCACAGAGCAUGUUUGAGCUGUUUAUCUCUUGUUCCACAGUUGAGAACCAAGCCCCAGUGGGAUGAAACAGACUAUAGAGGAGCUAGAAGCAGAGCUGAGUUCCUUUUGGCAAGGUUUCAGCAGCGUUUUAACAAGCUGUGAUCAAACACUGGUGUGUCACAAGGGCAGGGCAGGCUUAUGGUUCUGGGAGCAGCUCUGCCCUGCUGAGCUACUCCACACAGUUGCAUGUGCAAGACAAAUUGCAAUACUAUGAAACAGUUUAUUGAGGUCUAACUCAGCAGAAAUCCUUGAAGGGGGACUCUGUGUUAUGGAGAGAAGGAAAUGGAUUCUGUAAGUUACUGCAAGAUACAGAGGUAAAAUGUACCUAUCUCCUGUGUUCCACAGCAAACAGGUGUAUGAAGUGGGGCUGUAGGAGGCACCCCAAAGUAGUGUUCCUAACUCUGCUUCCCAUGCUACAAGGCUGAAGCACUUACAACUUCUCUUCUUUGGAGCUUCUUUAGGUUUUUGCAGAAAAGUCCUUGUGGUUGUUUUUCUAGAUAAGAAUGACAUCAGGGAAAUCUUUACUGGACAAAGUAAUUUGAAGAAUUUUGUAACUUCAUUUUUGUAACAUUUUGUAACUUGCAUUUACAAUUCCUUCUGCACCAUUUUUGCUCUCUUGCUGAGGUUGCUGCAGUGCCUACGUUUUCCCCACUGUCAGUUUGCACUUGGCCAAGCGCUGCCUCAGCACAAGCAGCCAAGAGUGUGCAGUAACUUGUUUGGGAGGAACUUCACUUGGGAGAGCCCAGCACUGCGAGCAGGUGCCUGGGAAGAUAAGGAGCAUAUUCUAAUUUUGCAUGCGUGCUCUUGACAGGCAUGCAGCACUGUGCACAGCUGGCCCUGUGCUUGUUUUCCAGAUGCCCCCCCCACACAGCUUGUAGUUUUAUUAAAAAACAAACAAACAAACAAACAAGAGCAAGGCUGUCUCCUUCAGGCUUUCUUGCUGCUUGUGGUCUUGGCUUGCCUGCUGUGAUGUUGCAUAUUGACCCAAAUCGUGGCUGCAAGUAGAGUUGCCCAGGGCUGUCUCAUGGAAAAAGUUUACACUUUGGUUUCUGCAAGGCAAAGACACUUACAGACCCCCAACUUUCCUUCUCUUCAGUGGUUCUGGGGAUCGUUUAGAAAAUUUGUGUAAUAGUGAGAGCAAAGAUGAAGGCUGUGUGCUUUUGUAAAUCAAAGUGUGUAGCAGCACAACUCGUCCCACCUUCGUUGGGCGUAGAACUGGCAGUGAGCAGAGGCUGUAACUGAUGGGGCUGUCAUACAGGUGUGCAGCCCUCAUCUCGAAGGACCCCAGGAGUGCUUUCCUUGCUGGAAGACCACUGGCUUUAUGGUCCUUCCAGAGCUCUCAGGCUCUCAGAAGUGUCAGCGGAGUUACAGUCCUUACUUCUUAUGUGCUAUUUGGUACUUUUAAAAGAUGAACAUUGGUUGGGAAAGGCCCUGUGACCUCAGUGCCACAACUCAAGGCAUUUGGUCCAACAACUGAGGGCUGUCACAGCCUCACGAGGUGUGCUGUGAUCUUCAGGGCUGUGUGUGUGUUUUGUUGCCAUUGCAGCAUUAACUGCUUCGGGCACGGAUCUCUACGUCCUAUCCAGGGGAUGUCUGCUUAUUGGGCUCAGCUUACAGGACUGGGCUCUCCUUGGCCUCAGGAAGCCCGGGAUGGAGUCAGAUGGUGACCUUCGGGCUGCUCACGGCCCCUCUGCCUUUCUGCCCGCCUGCUAUGAAGCACCGCGUUGCAUUUUGAAGUGUUGUUUCUUUCAGGCUGUCACAUACUAGCCUCUGUGCUUCGUGCUGCAACAUUACACGAAGGUUUUUGAGGCUCCGCUGCUGCGUUUGUAAGCUUUAUUUUAAAAUAAACU